CUUGAAAGUAUUGUUCUAAUUUAUGUUGGACUUGCCUUUCAACUUUCUCUUUUUGAACCUCCUCACGGAUACAGAGCACUUCAUAAAAUAUUCAAUUGUUCUUCUCCAGUUAGGGGUGGCACAACAAAUUCAUUUUCUAUCUAUUUAACAAGUUCUCAAUUGGCAUUAGAUUAUAGAGAUUCAAUAGAUCUAUUUGCUAUUAGAGCUCUUUAG